AUGAGCGCACGAACAUCAGACCCCGAGGCGGGCCUCCCGGCCUACGACGAGGACAAGAAGGGCGUUGAGGUCGGCCACCUCGAGGAGAGCGUCACUGUCAAGGGCGCGGACAAGAUUGAUCUCACGGGAUACGUCUAUGUCCCCGACACGCCGGAGGAGCGCGCGCUCGUGCGCAAGAUUGACAUCCACAUCCUCCCCAUGCUCUGGGUCAUGUACAUCAUGAACUAUUGGCUCCACAUCGUGCCUCGCCUCCACCCUCCUACAGCCACUGACGCCCAGCUCGACCGUACCAACAUCGGAAACGCCAAGGUCGGCGGCAUGCAGAAGGACCUCUCCCUCAGCUCGUCCGAGUACUCCCUCGUUCUCUCGAUUUUCUUUAUUGGGUACCUGCUUUGGGAAGUGCCUUCGAAUAUGAUGCUGUCGCGGAGCACGCCGUCGCUCUUCUUGCCCGCCAUCAUGUUUGCGUGGGGCGCCAUGUCCAUUGGCGCCAAGGGCGUCAACUCGCUCGGAGGCAUGGUCGCGUUCCGCUUCUUCCUUGGAAUCGUCGAGGCCGGCUUCUUCCCCGGUGUCAUGCUGCUGAUGAGCUGCUGGUACAAGCCGAAGGAGCUGUCGAAGCGCAUCGCGGCCUUCUACACUGCGUCCCUCAUGGCUGGCGCUUUUGGCGGUCUGCUCGCCGGCGGCAUCAUCGAGGGUCUCGAGGGCAAGGGCGGCACGCGCGGGUGGAAGUGGCUGUUCAUCAUCGAGGGCCUGAUCACUGUCGUGCUCUCGAUCGUGGCCGUGUUCAUCCUCCCCAACUACCCCGCGACGACGCGGUGGCUCACGCCCGAGCAGAAGAAGCUCGCGACUGCUCGUCUCAUGUCGGUCGCGGCGGCCGAGGCCGGCGCCGAGCCCGAGCACCAGUCGCACUGGGACGCCUUCAAGCAGGCCAUCAAGGACCCCAAGACCUACGUCUUCAUGAUCAUCUACAACGUCCUCAACAUGGUCGGCACGAUUUCCUACUUCUUCCCGACCCUCAUGGCGUCGCUCGGCUACCAGCACAGGAUGCAGCAGUUCAUGACGGUGCCGAUCUACGCCGUCGCGCUCGUCAUCUCCCUCACGGGCGGCUUCAUCGCAGACCGCACGGGCCAGAAGGCGUACGUCGUCGCCGCGUCCUGUAUCCUCGCCACGGUGUCCUUCGUCAUCAUCGCGGCCGUGCCGAACGACAAAGUGAAGUACGCCUUCCUCUGUUUCGGCGGCGGCGGGAUCUGGACCGCCGUGCCCAUCAGUCUCUCGUGGCUCGUGACCAUGUUCGACGGGCGCGAGAAGCGAGCCGUGUCCAUCGCGCUCAUCAACGGUUUCGGCAACCUCGCGUCUGUUUAUGGAUCCUUCUUCUGGCCCGAGAAGACGGCGCCCAAGUACAUCAUGGGCUUCAGCCUGACGUGCGCGUUUGCGUUCUUCGCAUUCUGCGUCGUGCUCUUCGCCAAGUGGAAGUUUGGCGACAAGGGCGUCACCAGGACGUCAUAA